AUGUCUGAAGUUGAUCAUUACCUUGAAACAUUGUUUGGUGGAAAGUUAAUAACAGAAGCAGAAGUAAAAGAUCUUUGUGAAAAGGUUAUUGAGAUUUUAGAUAAAGAACCAAAUAUACAAAAGUUACAAAGUCCAGUAACUAUUUGUGGAGAUGUACAUGGACAAUAUUAUGACUUAAAAAAAUUAUUUGAAACAGGAGGAGAAGUUCCAGAUACAAAAUAUUUAUUUAUGGGAGAUUAUGUUGAUCGAGGAUAUCAUUGUUUAGAAACGGUGUUGUUACUAUUAGCUUUAAAAGUGAAAUUUCCAGAACGAAUAAUUCUCUUACGAGGAAAUCAUGAAAGUAGACAAAUUACUCAAGUAUAUGGAUUUUAUGAUGAAUCAAUCAGAAAAUAUAAAUCAUUUAAUGUAUGGAAAUACUGUACUGAAGCAUUUGAUUAUUUAGGAUUAGCUGCUAUUAUUGAUCAAAAGAUCUUUUGUAUUCAUGGAGGUAUUUCACCGUUUGUCAAUAGUCUUGACGAUAUUACUAAAAUGGAAAGAAGACAAGAAAUACCUCAUGAAGGAGCAAUGUGUGAUUUGUUAUGGUCUGAUCCAGAUCCAGCUACAAAUGAUUGGAAAUCAAGUCCUCGUGGAGCUGGUCAUGUUUUUGGGGAAAAUAAUGUUGUAAAAUUUAAUCAUACAAAUGGUAUAGAUUUAAUUUGUAGAGCUCAUCAAUUAGUUAAUGAAGGAUAUAAAUGGUGUUUUGAUAAAAAAUUAGUUACAGUUUGGUCUGCUCCAAAUUAUUGUUAUCGUUGUACAAAUGAUGCUGCUAUAUUUGUUAUUAAAGGAGAAAAUAAACAAUUCUUAACUUUUAGUGCCUCUUCUGAUCCAAAUAGAGCUGCUGUACCAAAUAUUCCAUUACCCGAAGCAUAUCUUUAA